AUGAACUGGUGCAUCUUUGAUGACCAUAAAGCACAUAAUAUCUUUCCAAAUGUGUUAACGUUCAACAUCUUGGUAGAUGCACUUUGUAAGGAGGGAAUGGUCGUGGAAGCAGAAGGCGUGGUUGAGAUGAUGAUUCAAAGAGAUAUUGAUCCUGAUUCGGUUACGUACAAUUCACUAAUGGAUGGUUACUGGUUGCGAGGAGAAAUAAGCAAGGCACAAAAUGUUUUUGAACUAAUGCUUAGCAAGGGCUCGAUGGUUAAUGUUGUUAGUUACAACACAUUGAUAAAUGGAUAUUGUAAGCUUGAAAAAAUAGAUGAGGCCAUGAUGCUUUUUCUGGAUAUGUCUCAUAAGGGACUAGUUCCAAAUACCGUAACUUAUAACACUCUUCUGGAUAGUUUUUGCAAAGCUGGUAGAGUACAGAAUGCUCAAAAGUUGUUCUACGAGAUGCAAGCUUGUGGCCAACUUCCUAAUGCUCGAACUUAUUCUAUUUUACUGGGUGGCCUGUGUAAAAACCGACAACUUUCUAGGGCAAUGCAAUUGUUUGGAGAGAUGGGAGCAAAGAAGUUGGAUAUUGAUAUUGUGAUUUACAGUAUUCUUAUUAAAGGUUUGUGCAGAGCUGGAAAAAUUGAAACUGCAAGGGAUCUCUUUUGUGGUUUAUCAUCAAAAGGACUUGAACCUAAUGUGAGGACAUACACUAUAAUGAUUAAUGGACUCUGUAUCAGGGACCUAACAAGUGAAGCGGAAAAGUUGCUGGUUGAAAUGGAAGGGAAAGGCUGUUCUCCAAAUGGUUGCACAUAUAACACAAUUAUCAGAGGGCUUAUCAGUAACAAAGAGACAUCAAGGGCGAUGGUACUUAUUCAACAAAUGGUGGAGAAGGGUUUAUCUGAAGAUGCAUCAACAAUGGAGUUGUUAGUUCAAUUACUGUCGAAAGAUGAAGUGGAUCCUGCUUUGUUGCCGUUGAUAAAAGAAUCACUGUGA